AUGGCCGUGCUGCCGUUACUUAUUCGUCGUCGACAAAGGUAUGAAAGACAAAGAAGACGUUGGUGGGUCAAGCCAUGGAUUGAAAGGCGCAUGUUAUUUGGCCAAUAUCACACAUUGAUGACGGAGAUAGAGAGAGAAUGCCAGGGGAACUUUGUGAACCACGUGAGAAUGCCACCAGCCAUGUUCUACGAGCUACUGCAGCGUAUUACUCCAAGAAUCCAGAAAAGUGAACGUUACGGACGGCCACUAGAGCCUGGACUGAAGCUGGCCAUCACCCUCAGGUAUAUAGUGACAGGGAAUAGCUACAAGAGCCUCCAGUAUUCUUUCCGUGUUGCCCACAAUACCAUAGCAUUGCUCAUCCCAGAAGUGUGCCAGGCCAUGAUCGACGAGUAUCAGAACGAAGUAUUUGCCUUUCCAACUAACCAAGAAGAGUGGCGAGAAGUAGCACAGAAGUUUGGUGAAAUAUGGAAUUUUUACCACACCUGCGGAGCUCUGGACGGAAAACAUGUUGCCAUAAGAAACCCAAGUCGGUCUGGUACCCUUUACUACAACUACAAGGGGUUCUUCAGCCUUUUGGCCUUGGUCGACGCCAAUUACAAGUUUCUUUGGGCCGACGUUGGUACUCAGGCUCCUCAUCAGACGCCCAGAUUUUCAACAAUGGCCCACUGA